AUGUCUUCCUCUAUGCCCACUUACUGUGAUGAGACGGAACCCCAAAUGGAUACAGGUGACGUCGCUUCGACCAAUAAUGCAGACUCGGUGGACGAUAGCGCUGGCAUGUCUAAUGCGUUGGACGAUCUCUUCUCGACAUCACUGGACUUCCUGCAAUGGGGAGACCUGUUUACGUGGGACACCGAAGUGCCAGGACUUGAGUCAGGCCCUCUGCCCAUGGGCAGUAUUGAAAGCCAUGAUCUGACCAACCACCCAUCGGGGCCAUGGAGUACUGGAAACACCGGAGACAUUCAUGGUCACGGUGGGGAUGCAUUUCCUGAUGGAACUGACGCGGAUCUGGAAGGCAUGGCUUGGCCUGAGGUAGACUGGGUCGUCGACGCUCCAGCGCUGCUCAAACACUUCAAUGAAGAGGUCAUCAACCAGAUGGGUUCCCUACCGAUCAACGAAAAGUCCGGUUGGAGAAUUCUCAACGUACCCUCCGCCAUUCUCACUCUGAGCCAUAUUACCAUGUUUGGCGUGGAUAAGAAAGAUAUUAGACACGCGAGUCUUGCAAAUUUGUAUGGCUUACUCGCCGUGUCAGCGUUCCAUCUGUCUCUAAAUCCCGGUGCCUUCCCGGCGUUGAGCAGACCUGGUGACUACUGGCACUUCCUUUCGGAUCGGACAUAUGAAGCCGCUAAGAUACAUUUGAAAAUAAGCCUUGAGAGCGAAACCAGGCGGAAUUCUACCAGCAAGGCGAAGUACAAGGAGCAGCUCAUGGCUGUUGGAGCAGUACUAGCAAGCGCCUUAUUAUCCGGUAAUGAGGCCGAGUCGCACAAAUAUCUCGUGGAGAUGGAAAGGCUCAUCCGAGUUCGAGGUUUAACCAAGCCAAAGCUCUCGCGUCGGGCCCGCCUAUUCCAUAACAUUUAUGCGUGGAUGAGGAUUGUAUCUGAGAGUACAAAGGUACUCCAUGACGAAAGCCAAAUCACACUCAAGCCACUGAAGCUAGCCAGCACGGGGCUGAACACACCGGACGAUGAUGAUUCGGGAACAUCACGGUCUCGACAAGCCGGGUCUUUGCACAACAUCAAUCCUGACAGCACUCUGGACAGUUUCUUGCACUUAGAGCAGUUCCAACUACAGUCCGACUCCGAAAGCCGUGGCCGCCGACAUGACGAUACACGAGACAUCCACCUCGUCAGUUCACUCAACUGUCGUGAGGACAUGCACAUGCGGAUAUACGGUGUUCCCGAGACCUGGCUGCGGCUCGUGUCCCAGGUUACCCGGCUUGCCAAUGUCAUGGAUAGGCUGUCACCGUCGCAGGGUAAAUCAGAUGCGGAGACCUUGGCAUCGCUGCAGCCCAAGGCAGCAUAUCUAGAGGAAGCUGUAUGCUCCUUCAAAGCGCGGUAUCAAUCUGCAGCUCAGACCGAGUCCAAUCAAAGCCGGCCUCACAUCCACAUGGCACGCGCUCUUAGCGCGGCUCUGGUGAUUUUCUUCUAUCGACGAAUCCGAAACAUUCAUCCGAUGAUGCUCCAAGACAGCGUGAAUCAGGUGAUGGACUCUCUUCACAUGUUUGAUGAGGCCUUGCAAAAGCAUGGACUAGUCGGACCCGGAACCGCUUGGCCGGCUUUCAUUGCCGGGGCAGAGGCCACAGGAGCGGAGCAACGCAAAAGCUUUGAAGCUUGGUUAAGCAGAGCGAAUGCGAAGUCUGGAUGGAAAGGCUAUGGUGUUUCUAAGGAUGUAUUGAAAGAAGUCUGGAGGCAGCGGGAUGCGGCUGGAGGCGUGAGAGGAUCGCCGACAUGGGUGGAUGUUUGCAGGCAGAUGCGCCGAUGGCCACUUCUAUGCUAA